CAGCACUAUCGUGGCCAGCGUUGUAGAGACCCGAGCUGAGUAAGCGCGCAUUGAUUCUGGGUUGAGAGAGCGUCGUUUGCACGGAAAAAAGUGCAUUUCUGCAGUUUUGGAAUAAAGUAUAUCGGGAAUAUAUAUUGUUUCGGGAAUUUAUUCGUUAUUGUCCCAAAUAAAAGGUAAACGACAGCACCAUGUCCGUUCAAACAACCAUCGAAACCACCCGGAAGCGCCAGUCCAUGGGUCCCACUCAAGUCAUCGUCCAGAGGAGCACACCGGGAUCUAGAAUGUCGCUUGGAAGCAGUCUGGGAUCCAGCAGUACGAUGCGCAGAAAUGUCGUCCAAUCAUCGUUCUCCGCACCUACCCGGUCUAUGGGAGAGGCGGGUAGGGUAUCCAAGGAGUCCGUUGCCACGGUGAUGAACACGCGCGGGAAGGAAAAGAAGGAUCUGGGCGACCUGAACUCCAAGCUGGCCUCCUACAUCGACAAGGUGAAGUACAUGGAGGCGUGCAACAAGGCAAUGACGGAGGAGAUUGACCGGCUCCGCAAGAUGAAGGGUUACACCCAGGACCGGGUCAAGCAAGAAUACGAAGACGAACUCAAUGAGGCAAGGAAUACAAUCAAGACACUAUCAAAGGAGAUCGCUCCCCUGCAGGCUAGAAUUCUUGCACUUGAAGACAAGGUCGAGUCCAAAGACGCAGAACUGGACGCGGUGAGAAAGCAGAAGGAAGAACUCCAAUCCUCGGUUCACAAAAUGACCCAGCUGAUCUCAGAACUUGAGGGAGAGUUGAGCGGUCUCAGGGGCAGAGUCGAGACCGUCGAGAGGGAUAAUGAGAUGCUGAAAAGUGAUGUGCAGAGAGCCCGCGAUGAAGCCGAUCGUAUCAGAGAUGACUUCGAGGCAGCCGUAUCGAAGCAGAUUCUGGCAGAGAAUGAACGUGAUUUCGCCGACGAAGAGAGGCAGUUCAUAAGUGACACGCUCAACGCAGAGUGUGAAGAGUUGCGGGAACUGCUUGACAGCUUCAAGUCCGUCACGCCGGACAUCGCCAAGAUGUGGAAGAGUGAGUUCAGCAGUUGCAUCCAGGCCAUACAAGCUGAGUACAACGACCAGCUUGCCAAGAUGACCGAUUCCACCGAGCGUCGCUACCAGGACAGGAUUAUGCAAAUGGAGAACGCCUACCGCCGCGACAACACGGAUUCGUCAGUCACCAAGACCGAAAACAAGACCCUCAAGUCCGCAAUUGGGGACCAGAAGGGCAAGAUGAGCCAGCUACAGAGAGACAACGACCGUCUACUUAAGGAACUCGAGGAUCUUAAGCGAAUGUUUGAAGAGCAAUGCGAGGAAUGUGAGGAGGAGAAGUCGAGUCUGCGCCUUGAACUGUCCUCGCUGAGUAGCGAACUGUCGGACGUGAUGGCGGAUCUUGAAAACAUGCGCGGACAUAACCUUUCACUUUCGCUCGAGAUUUCCUGCUACCGAAAAUUGCUGGAGGGCGAGGAGAAUAGCAUGAAGAGGAUCAUCGAAGAUACGCAGAAUGUGCAGUCUGGUGGCGGCGCAGACUUGUCUUCACUCAUCAUGUCUAGCGGCGGCAGCGCCUCCCGAAGCGGCGGUGGCUCCUCAAGCCAACAAUCCACAAUGAGCGAGUCGACCGGCCUGGUCCGAGUGUCCAGAUCCUCUAAAUGUGCCAUCUCCAUCGCCGAGAUCGCCCAGGAUGGGACAUUUGUCAGGCUUAAGAACGAAUCCAGCUCCAAGGAUUUCGACAUGUCUAAUUGGAGUCUUGAGAGAAAACACCCUAAAGGCAAAUCCUCCUUCAAGUUGCCUGAUAACUUUAAGCUGAGUCAUGGCAAGUCUAUCAAGAUAUAUGCAAACUCGUUCGAGGAUGACGCUGGCCCAAAUGACUUCGUUGCCCCAAAGUCAACCUGCAAAUCGUGGGGAGUAGGGAGCGGGCAGUACACACUUCACGACGAUAAGGGAGCGGAAAAGGCCAACUCAAAGAUUGACUUCCAGACUGAAAAAUAAGCGAAACAGAACGAUCCGUUGAUAAAGUUGUGGAUAUCAACUUGAUAUUUAUUUCGUCGUUUCAGCAACUCUCUUGGCUAUGCAUAUCAUAACGUGUUGUGAACUUCUCACAGAUUUAUAUUCAUAUUAGAUUGUUUUCAUUUAAUUAUUUUUAUUAGCUAAGCUUUUGGCUCGAUUGUGAUAUGUAUGUUGUUGUCCAAUACAUAUAUAUUGUUUGCAAAUCUCACUUAUAUUUUUGAAACUCAAAUACAAGUAGUCAUAUCGCCUGAAAUUAUAAUUUAUUUUGGAGACUUAUCUGUAUUUUAUUUUGUUUUGAAUGUUAGCUUAUUGCAUUUAGUUGUCCCCGUCAUAAGAGAUACGUGUAAGUCCCCGUCAUAAGAGAUACGUGUAAGUCCCCGUCAUAAGAGAUACGUGUAAGUCCCCGUCAUAAGAGAUACGUGUAAGUCCCCGUCAUAAGAGAUACGUGUAAGUCCCCGUCAUAAGAGAUACGUGUAAGUCCCCGUCAUAAGAGAUACGUGUAAGUCCCCGUCAUAAGAGAUACGUGUAAUGUAGCCUGUUAUGUAAUUUACGUAUCCUAUUUCUGAAGGUGCUUAUCAGCAAACACUCAUAGAGGUCCACAUCCAUAAAUUAAUGACCCGUAAAAAACAGAAAAUGAAAUAAAGUAAUCCAUGACGUUAAAACGUAGGGAAUUGGUUGAUUUACAAAUCACUUGUUUUAAAGAUAUUUUUUUAAUUAUAAUUUGUUUCAUUUUAAGUUCAUUUUAGCUUUGUGUUGACUCGUACACUUUGUGUUGUAUUUAGAUGUUUUUUGUAGUUAGUAAUGUACAAAUUAUUUUAGUAAUUUUUAACCUACCAUAUAUAUAUUCAUACAAACCUUUCGCAUUUUCUUUUUUUAAAACAGAUUGUAUAGAUCACUUCAUUGCAAGAGUUUGGAUAAGUGAUACGAUUUUGUCUGAGAUUUGUAUUAAAACCUGCUAUAUCGUUUGUAACAAAGUAUUUAUGAACGUGAAUAAAUAACAAUACAUACAAAGUUAA